AUGCUAUGUGAAAAAGUCCUUUGGGCUUUGCUUUGGUUCCUUCCUCAGGCCCUCGCAAAGGAUUUCUGCGUGGGGCAAUCGUUUGGAUCCAGAGUCGUCGAUCCCGAAGACCCUCGAUCUUACUAUCUCUGUUUCGGAUUUCUCGGCCAAAUAAAGAAUACUUGCGAAAAUGGAUAUAGCUUUGAUGGUGAAACGCUGGCAUGUGUAUUCGAAAGCCAAUCAUCCUUAAAAUCACUGAGACAGCAAAGAAAAGAUGAAGGUAAAACGGAAGUGAACAUCAGGCAACAUGUGAAUGUGGACAGACCACUUAUCUUCAACAUCUUUGGAAACUUCAAUUUCUUUGCAAGUCUAUGGGGUAAUUCCGAGGUUACCACUCCUUCGCCCCCGAAAACCAACUCCAUAGUUCACAUGCAAUUAUUUAACAGUGUCGGGGAUGUUCAACAAAGUGAAAACGUGCAAAAUAUCAACUCUUUAACAGCUUCCAGUUCUGCAAAUGAUUCUUUAGAUAGUGCAGCUGAGAAUAACUUAACUAGCUCAGAAGCUCCGAACUCAUCCUCUUCUGAAUCCUCAGCAGAUAGUUCUUCAGAGAGUCCUUCCACAAGUGAAUCACCACCGGAAAUUUCCACUGAAGCAGGAGAAAGUUCCACACCGGAAAGAAUUUCCAGCUCAGAGGAACCCUCAACCACAGAAGCUGGACAAGAAAGUAGCUCACAUGUCCCCUUGUCCACAGAAUCCUCACUGGAGGAUAUCUUCCUUAACUCGGAAAGUUCUUUGACCACAGAAUCAUCACCUGACAUCGAUUCAAGUACCGAAAGUGCCUCCACAGAAUCAGAACCAGAAAGUUCAACUCAGAAAAGUAUCUCGAGCUCUGAAAAUCCAGAAGCAGAGAGUUCUACCCAAGAAAGUAAUUCAAGUUCGGAAAGUCCUUCUUCCACAGAAGCUUCUGAAGAGGAUAUAAUUCUAAGCUCGGAAAGUCCUUCAACAGAAUCUGAACCGGAAAGUUCCACACUGGAAAGUAUCUCAAGCUCAGAACUAUCAACUGAAUCAGAAGCAGAGAGUUCUACCCAAGAAAGUAGUUCAAGUUCAGAAGAUCCUUCGUCCACAGAAGCUUCCGAAGAGGAUAUAAUUCUAAGCUCGGAAAGUCCCUCAACGGAAUCUGAACUUGAAAAUUCCACACAGGAAAGUAUCUCUACCUCAACCUCUGAAGAUUUAUCGUCCACAGAAUCUUCAGCAGAGGAAAAUGAGUCUUCUUCAACAGAAUCAGAAGCAGAGAGUUCUACCCAAGAAAGUAUUUCAAGCUCGGAAAGCCCUUUGUCCACGGAUGCCCCUCUAGAAGAUAUAGUCAUAGGAUCGGAAAGUCCUUCGUCUACAGAACCAACAACAGAAAUUGCUUCCAGUUCGGAAGGCUCCUCAACAGAAUCUCAGCUCGAAAGUUCCACCCAAGAGAGUGGUUCAAGCACUGAAAACUCUUCCACAGAAUCAUCCGCAGGAGAAGUGGAGUCUUCGUCGACAGAAUCUAAAGCAGAAAUUUCAACUCAAGCGAGUAGCUCAAGCUCUGAAGACCCGUCUACAGAAUUAUCAACAGAAUCAGAACCAGAGAGUUCUACUCAAGAAAGUAAUUCAAGCACUGAAACCUCUUCAUCCACAGAAUCAUCCACUGGAGAAGAGGAGUCUUCGUCAACAGAAUCUGCACAAGAAAGUUCCACCCAAGAAAGUAGCUCGAGCCCUGAAGAACCCUCGUCCACAGAACAAUCAGUAGAAAGUUCAACCGAAGAGAAUAUUUCAAGCUCUGAAGAUCCCUCGUCUACAGAACCAUCCGUAGAAAGCUCAACAGAAGAGAAUCAAGAAUCAAGCUCUGAAGAUCCCUCGUCCACAGAACCAUCAGUAGACAGCUCAACGGAAGAGAAUAUUUCAAGCUCUGAAGAUCCCUCGUCUACAGAACCAUCCGUAGAAAGCUCAACAGAAGAGAAUCAAGAAUCUAGCUCUGAAAAUCCAUCGUCCACAGAACCUUCAACAGAAUCCACAGAAAGUGGUGUCUCCGAAGAACCAUCCUCAAGCUCGCCACCUUUGGAAAGUUCAACGGAAGAGAGUAUAUCCAGCACUGAAAGUUCUCCUCCAGAAAGUUCUACAGAGAAUGUUUCUUCCAGUUCCGAAAGUCCCUCAUCCUCGAAUCCUUCCACAGAGCCAUCGCCACCCAGCUCAACUGAGGAUAUCAUAUCAAGCUCUGAAAAUCCAACGACUUUAGAACCAUCAACAGAAACCACAGAGGAAAAUGUAUCCAGUUCCGAGAAUCCUUCAAGCACUCAAUCUUCUCCGUGCACCACAGCAAAAGAUGAUGACUCCGGAAAUAGUGGAUCUGAAAGUGGAAUCUCCACAGAACCUUCUCCAGCAGAAACUACAACUGAGGAGAAUAUCUCUAGCCCAGAAAUUCCUUGCACCACAGAUUCAAAUCCUGUAGUUACCACAGACACACCUGAAAAUCCUGCGACCACUGAACCCUCAGAAAACACCACAGAAAAGGACGGUGGCUCCGGAAAUGGUGGUUCGGAAAGUGGAGUCUCCACAGAGCCACCUCCAUUAAGUUCGACAGAGGAAAGUGUUUCCAGUUCGACAGAGGAAAGUGACUCCAGUUCGACAGAGGAAAGUGUUUCCAGUUCCGAGAGUCCUUUGACCACAGAGCCUGCAGUAGAAACCACAACUGAAAGGAACAGUUCGGAGAAUCCAUCCACAGUUACUACUACUACACCAUGUACUGCAGUUUCAACUCCAAAAACUUCCACCGAGAUACCCGAAAGUCCAUCGACCACCGAAUCCUCACCAGAAACCACAGAGAAGGACGGCGGCUCUGGAAAUAGUGGAUCCGAAAGUGGUAUUUCAACAGAGUCUCCUCAGGAAACUUCGACAGAAAAUAAUGAUUCCAGCUCCGAUAAUCCCAUAACCACCGAACCUUCUAGCACUGAGGUGGAUAAUCCCAGUACCGAUAAUCCAACCACAAGUACUAUUCCAUGUACCGCUGCUUCAACAUCACAAAGCUCCACGAAGAUAGCAACCACCACAGAACCCCCACCUUCCACCGGAGAAAACUUUGGAGAACCCGGAAAUAAUGGUCCUGGAGGAGGAACUUCCACAAGGACAUCAACGCAAACUUCGACAGAAAAGAAUGUUUCCAGUUCUAAGAAUCCCAUAAACACAGAACCUACUACAACUUCAAGAAAUGAUGUCAGUUCCGAAACACCACUUACUAGAACCCCACCAAAACCAGAAACUUCAACAUUGAAACCUCCAACUGGAACUUCGACAGAAUAUAAUAUUUCCAGUUCUAAAAAUCCCAUAAACACAGAUCCUACUACAACUCCUAGAAAUGAUGUCAGUUCCGAAACGCCACUUACUAGAACCCCACCAAAACCAGAAACUUCAACAUUGAAACCUCCAACUGGAACUUCGACAGAAUAUAAUAUUUCCAGUUCUAAAAAUCCCAUAAACACAGAUCCUACUACAACUCCUAGAAAUGAUGUCAGUUCCGAAACGCCACUUACUAGAACCCCACCAAAACCAGAAACUUCAACAUUGAAACCUCCAACUGGAACUUCGACAGAAUAUAAUAUUUCCAGUUCUAAAAAUCCCAUAAACACAGAUCCUACUACAACUCCUAGAAAUGAUGUCAGUUCCGAAACGCCACUUACUAGAACCCCACCAAAACCAGAAACUUCAACUCAGGGAAACCUAGUUAGCACAUCAACUUUGGAACCUCCAACUGGAACGACCACGCGUCUUCCUGAAGUAUUGAACGAUUGCAGUAACUUGGUAAAUGGAGUCUUUCUCAGGGAUCCACAGUCUUGCAACAAAUACUAUGUGUGUCUCAAUGGUAAACCGAUUCCAGGCCAUUGUCCCAGAAAUCUGAACUUUGACAUCAAGCGGAAGGUAUGUAACUUCCCCAGUUUGGUGGACUGUUCCGCCGAAGAAGUUCUGGAAAAUGUUACCAAAAAACCCUCGAACACAGAGUCGGAUAUUGAUUGCAAUUCCUUGAAAAAUGGCGCUUAUGUUAGAGAUCCGAAAUCGUGUAGCAAGUUCUAUGUUUGUGCCAAUGGACGUCCAAUUUCUCGUCAGUGUCCGCGGGGACUUUACUUUGACACCAAGUCAAACUUCUGCAAUUACCCGAGUCUGGUUCAAUGUUCUAUAGAAGAGAAUCAAGCGGAUAUUCCUGAAGCUUUACUGGCCGAAGGACUCCCCGAUUGCAGCAAAGUUAAAGAGGAUACACGAUUUGGUGAUGUUGAUCAGCACAAUAAAUAUUACGUCUGUCUGGAGGGAAAGGCUGUUCUGCACUACUGCAGUCCAGGAAAAUGGUUCGACCUUCGAAGUCAGAAGUGCAUCGAUAAGCGACUAGCUAAAGUGAAUUAACAAACAGAAACCUUUUAAUAUUAAGUACAUGUCUUGAUCUGUAUUCUAGUUAUAGGAUUGUGGUGGUAGGGUUUAUAGAAUAUAUAUAUUUUGGGAUUACGGGUAACACUAUAGGAAUUAUUUUAUAUUAGAGUGGUUACUGACUCAGAAGUUACAUGCAGACUCUAAUGCUUCCUAUCCAGUUGAUACACUACUUAUCCUGCUUAGAAGAUAUAAAACAAAUAAAGUACUUACAAAUAUAACAUAAAACAAUUCCACAA